AAACAGGCGAGCGCUGUUCAGCAGGAAGUAAAGCUAUAUCAGCCGAGUGCGCAUGCGCCGCAGCACUCCACAAUGUAAGGAUGCGUUUCACCUCAUAAAACGUAUGCUGUGAGUUGUGGCGACCACUGAACGAGGUGACGUGUAUCCAUGGGGAGGUGGUGAUGGUGAAGGCUGAAAGUGAAGGUGACCCUGACGGAUCCAGUAAGACCCAGGUAUCCUCCAGCUGCAGCCCAUCACCACAGGAGAUGAGUCAGGGGAAACGGAUGAAGCUGUCAUGGCUGUUGAAGCGCAUCCAGAACAAACUGCAGUGGAGGGAGAGGAGGUUGAGCUUGGCUAUCCAAUAACAUGCGGAGAGAGCAAAGCUGUGUUGCUGGUCAAGAAGUUUGUGUGCCGAAUCAAUGUAAAAUGUGUAAAGUACGAAGACCAGCUGAUCAGCCCCAAGCAAUUUGUGCACAUCUCUGGAAAAGCCACCCUGAAAGACUGGAAGAGAGCCAUCAGGAUGGGUGGAGUCAUGCUAAGAAAAAUGAUGGACUCAGGCCAGCUUGACUUCUACCAGCACAGCACCCUGUGCACCAACACAUGUCGCAGCACCAAGUUUGACCUUUUAAUCAACAACACGCGAUUCCCCCCUGACGGCAGCGGGCUGACCACACCCACCUCCUCUCAAGCCCAGGUGGUUCUGGGUAACGGUGCACUGGUGGGAGAGGACAGGCCAGAGGCUCUGACUGGGAAGAUGGAAUGGAGCUCAGCCACACUGGAGUCUCCAGACAAGAAGGAAAGCAGCGAGAUCUCAGAGGAGACGCUGAACUUCUGGAAGGGCAUCGCUGACGUGGGAUUGCUGGAUGAAGUGGUGACCAACAUCAGCAGUGAGCUGCUGGAGCUGCUGAACGGCGUGCAGCAGCGCAGGGAGUCAGCUGCCAUCCAGGACACCGAGGUGGCGGUGCUCAGUAAUCUCGCCCAAGUGCUUGGCCUGCUUGAUUCAGUCAAAAAGAUCCUGGAGAGGAGAAAGCAGCAAACGGAUCCCAGCCAGCAGCAAAUCCUCAACACCCUCACCAAUCUGGAGGUGCAGCUGGAGGAGCAGAAGAGGCAGCAGCAGGUGCGGACUCUACUUUCCAGCCCACAGCCCGCCAAAAACAAAGCUGCCGCUAAGCGCCAGAACAAGCGGCCUCGCCUCCAGAGGCCCGCCUCCACCACCACCCUCCUGACCUCCCCCAUCAGCCAACAAACCACCCUGCAGCCCCAGCAGUUCACCGUCCUUUCCCCCAUUUCGCUGUCCUCAGUGGGCCAGCCAUUCACCGUGGCAGGCCUGCCUGUGGCCCAGUCGUCCAACACGGUCACCCUGCUCCCCGCCGGCUCACAGCUCUUCACACGCUACAUGGUGGCUGGAGACGGCAAGACGGACACUUUCACCUUGCACCCGUCCUCGGGCCUAACGCUGGUGGGUGCCACCGCCGUGCAGGACUCCAGCCAGUUGGGCACGGUGGUUAGCCCCAUGGAGCUGGUGCACCUGAGCCAGCAGGCCGGCAGCGGAGAGGUGGUGCCCAUGGAGGGCCAGGUGGUGGACGGCACCAUGCUGGUGCAGCAGGAGGUGAUGCAUGGUGAAGUGGAGGCCGGCCAGGAACACACUGUCAUUGAGAUCAACCCUGCGCCGGUGGAACAGGCAGUGGGAGUGAUGGAGCUGCAGCUGACUGAGGAAUCGGGCAGGGACGGGGCUGCCAUGGUGGUCCAGAGCGGCAUGGAGAUGACAGUGGGUACAGGCGGGGAAGAAACGCAAGGCCAAAUGCAGGAGGCCCAGACUGAGGGGGUUCAGGGGCUGCAGCUGGACAGUAGUGGGCAGCUGUCCGGUGUUCAGAUAGUGGUGAUUGAGGAAAAUACUCAGGAAGAAAACAAGGUCAAAUGAGAGAAAUCUCCCUUUUUAUCCACAAGAGCAGGGACGGACUCAUGGUGGGCUUUGAUGGACUUGUGAAAUUGUACAUAAUUGUACAAAUUUUCAAAUACACAGUGAACUGCCUUGGCCUAAAACCGUGCAUUAGAGUAGCUCGUUUCCUUUUAUUGGGGUGUCUGUACAUGCCAUUCUUGUUUUCACAGAGAUUUUUAUUAAAACUAAGAGACACAGCAGGCAUAUAUGCUUAUAUAUGCAGCAAAGCAUAUAUGCUUAUAUUUGUUUUGUAAGUAAUUUGUAAGAAACAUCUACAAAGCGACCCAAGGACAACAGAAUGCACUAUUAAUCUUAAGUGUUGUAGAUGCAGGGCUUUCAUGGUGCUGAUGAUGUGUCAGUUCACAUCCUCUUACUGACGUGGCCACGUCUGGAGCAGCCGGCUCUCAGUCACGGCCAUAGUUCUCAACUGCUGAUCAGAUUCACUAGCACUACUGGUGUUGCUGUCACUUGAGGUUAGGAUUAAAUUGCACUGUCUGUUGUGUUGUAGUGUUGCAUCCAAGCUAUAAAGUUUUUGCACUGAGCGAUGUCCUUUUUUAGGAAUACAGGAGGGUGUUUGUAACAUGAUCUUGCCACUCUUUCCCUCUGUGCAGGUCUCACUCUGUGCAUAGUCCAAGGACACAGCUGAAAGAAAAUGCAGAUUGAACUCACUCAGAAUUGCAUAGCUUGUGCACUUAACGUUUCGGUGGUUUCAUACUGUCACUGAUUACAUUUUACAAACUCCAUUAAGGAGGGAAGACUUUCUCCACUUUCUUCUUUGCUCUGAUCUUACUUUAUUCAGAUCAUUUUGCAUAUAAGGUUAUAGGUUUAUCUCUGUAUCAUAGGUAGUGUAAGCUACUGGACUGAAUGUUUAAGUCGCACUAUAGAGAUAUAUAUAUAUACUUAAUGUCAAACCUAGUUCGCCUAUAUUUUGCAGUUGUAAGCUUAUGUCAUAUUUAUUAGUUCCUAACCAUAAAAAAAACAGGUUUCUCUGUUGUUUCAGGUGCAAAAGACAUACAAACAUCCAUUAAUUUAUGACAGACAUCAGCAAGGAGCUGUUCAAUACUUGUGCUUUUUCAAAAUUUGAAUUUAACUAAUGAGGGUAUUUGCAUACUGACUUUGUAAUGUGUUUCAGUAUCUCACAUUAAAAAAAACAAAAAACAAAAGGUGA